AUGGCGGCUCAAGAUGAAGUUGACGUAUGUGAAAGUUGGGAAGACAUGGACGAUAUUGGCUUGGACAACAAAAUCAAACUGAUGUCCAGUGUUCCAGCCCCUGUGAAAAGUACAUUAAAAGGUUGCAAGGUUACUAAUGUAAUAGUAGAGGAGAACGCGUGUAUCGGUUCUCAGUGCAUGAUGCCGGAGCCAGCUAUUCGGAUCCUGAAACGACCUUCAACUCUGGCGAGUGGCCAGCUCAACGGAGAGAGCCGCGCUCGACCUGUAAAGACUCUAGAACAAAGGCAAAAAGAGUACGAACAAGCCCGUUUACGGAUAUUAGGUGAAGCUCGAAGCCCAGAGGACGUUAUUGACGAUAAUUUGACCCGGUUGCAAGAAAAACUCCAAGCAAACAAUAUAAGUGAUGCUCAAAACACUGGCAAAACAAAAAACAACUGUCAUAAUGACACCAACACCAAAGGAAAAGAGCGUAAAGUGCUUGUACGUUUGCCACCAGGAGCUACGGCAUCUGGAAUUUUCCCAUCACCGCCACCUCCUGGUGUUCUAGUCAUUAGAACUCCAAGAGGACCAGAUGGUACAAAAGGUUUCCUACGGAGGUAG